AUGAUAUCAUCAUCACUGACCACCACUGGACAUUACCCAGAUGAAGAAGAAUACUGUCUGGCCAAUAUAGAGGAACUGCCCACACCUAAAAAGGAUUUAAGGGACUGUCCAUUACAGAAGGAGGGGGUGGUGUGUCGCCAUCGUGCCCUAUCAUCUCCAUACCCAGACGAUGAUGAGGACGGACAGUCGCACACCUCUCCCGACAAAAACGAGAUCCAGAACACGCUGCGUAUCCUGUCUGCCAAGCUGGAGGACCUCAACACCUGCAACGACUUGAUAGCGAAACACGGCGCAGCAUUGCAGCGGUCGCUGAGCGAGCUGGAGAUGCUGGAUAAAGAAAACAGCACGGACGUCCAGAGUAAAGUUAAAGCAGUCAACGAGAGAGCAACCCUCUUCAGGAUAACCUCCAAUGCUAUGAUCAAU